AAUCGAACGUGAGCGCGCCUGUGUUGAUGUCGGCUGCUGCUGUCCCGUCUGCUAGCUAACGCACCGGGACCAAACUUCAAGCCCCAAAGAUGUUUUUGGCUGCGGCUGUUCGCUCUGCUGCGUCGCAGGCGGCCAGGCAGGUCAGGAGUCUGCAUCGGUCUGCUGCCCGCGCUGGAGCUGGUGGCAUCUUUGUGCACAGAGAUACUCCUGACAACAACCCCGAUAUUCCUUUUGAGUUCACUGAGGAGAACAAGAAGAGGAUUGAUGCGAUCAUUUCAAUGUACCCCGAAGGACACAAGCAAGCAGCAACCAUCCCAGUAUUGGAUUUAGCCCAGAGGCAACAUGGAUGGCUCCCCAUCUCCGCCAUGAACAAGGUUGCUGAGGUGCUGGAAGUUGCUCCAAUGAGAGUGUACGAAGUAGCGACAUUCUAUACGAUGUUCCUGCGUCAGCCUGUGGGAAAGUACUUCAUUCAGAUCUGCACAACAACACCCUGCAUGCUCUGCAACUCAGACAGCAUCCUGGAGGCCAUCCAAAACAAACUGGGUAUCAAGGUUGGAGAGACUACUCCUGACAAGAUGUUCACGCUAAUAGAAGUGGAAUGCCUGGGCGCCUGCGUGAACGCUCCAAUGGUCCAGAUCAAUGACAACUAUUAUGAGGACCUUACACCUAAGGACAUUGAGGAUAUUAUCGAUGAACUUAAAGCAGGCAAAAUCCCACCACCAGGACCCAGGAACGGCCGUUUCUCCUGUGAGCCUGCAGGUGGAUUGACUUCUCUGACAGAGCCUCCUCCAGGACCAGGAUUUGGUGUAAGAUCGGACCUGUAGGCAUUUUUAGGCCACUGAAGCUAUAAUGUUGAACUCGAACACAUUGUGUAAAUAAAUUGUUCAUGUACCUGUUG